GAAGCCGUUGUUCAUGAGAUCUCUCGCCAGCUUAGAAACUGGAAUGUGUAUACUCACCAAAAUGGAAUUAUCACUACAUCUCAGGGUGGAUUUGAUUUCGACAUUUCUGGUCGGCAAACAAUUCGUGCACCUGAUAUUGCAUUUAUAUCAAAGAAUAUUUACCGUUCGCUUGAUCGUCAACAACAAUGGACCUUCAAAGGCCAACCUUACUUUGCAUCAGUUGAUCUUGGUUGGUUAGUGGACCCAAAGAAUAAGCAAAUAUAUAUUUACAGACGGAGGGUUAGUGGAGUUGUCUAUCGAACUUCACAUGGCUGGAAUAAUGUAAAUGGUGGUAGUAUUUUACCGGGAUUCACACUUGAAGUGCAGAAAAUUGAUGAUACAAUUUCACAGGAAUCCUCAGAAUCAUCAUCAGAAAAUGAUGAAAUAAUCAGUAGCCAUGCUCGUAGAUGGC